AUGUCGGACAAACCUACCUUUCAUCCCGCCUUCACUGUCUCCAAUAUUAAGACUAGCAUUCCCAUUGUUCUUGAGAUGGAGAAUGUUCAAUAUUCAACUUGGGCGGAACUUUUUAAGGGCAAGGAGAAGCCUCCUCCCUCCACGGAUGCAGCGCUCGAACUGUGGUCGACUUUGGACGCCACAGUUCUCUCGUGGAUAUACUCUACCAUUUCUAAUGAUCUCUUGCAAACCAUUAUUGAACCCGAUGCUACGGCUAUGGAAGCUUGGAAUAGAUUGCGUGACAUAUUUCAAGACAAUGAACAUUCCCGCGCCGUCGCUCUUGAACAUGAGUUUUCUACCAUAUCCAUGGAAGAUUUCCCUAACGUAUCUUCCUACUGUCAACGUCUCAAGUCCUUGGCCGAUCAGUUGAAAAAUGUGGGCGCUCCUGUGUCGGAUAAUAGGAUGGUUUUGCAAUUAGUCGGAGGCCUUACGAAGGCAUAUAGUGGUGUUGGGACGUUAAUCCGGUAG